UGUCAAAAUUCAGUCUUUCUACCCCAUAGACUGUAGUUCUUCCCUCGUGCAACAUUUUAAAUGGACGCAUCCAUAGUCGCCUCUAUUAUUGCCUGAUGGUCCUGCGAAUAAAAACAAAUAGACGCUACUCUCCAUUCCACUGUCUUCAUGACUCAACGUUGUUUGUCUAUUUUCCAGGCAUUUUAGACUAAAUCUAGAUGUAAUUUUAAAUCUAUUAUACGACUAGUUUGGCAAAUUUAUGUGGAUUUUUAAUUUUCAAAAUCAAACAGUUGAUGAUCAAGCGCUAGGUGGAUCCGUGAGCAUUAAGUGGUCUCGAGGUCUCUUCCCUAACGUUACACCUUUGGAUCGCUUUAACUUUCGAGAUUUUGUUUUGGAGUUCGCUAAAACCAUUGACUAAAACCGUUUGGUAUUGGCUGGAAAGGUAUUUUAAAACAUUUGUUUAAGGGUGGCGCUGUUGAGUCAUGUCUGGAAUUGCUUUGAGUAGACUGUCACAGGAGCGGAAAGCCUGGAGGAAAGAUCAUCCUUUUGGUUUUGUGGCUGUACCAACCAAGAACCCAGAUGGCACCAUGAAUCUCAUGAAUUGGGAGUGUGCGAUACCAGGGAAAAAGGGGACUCUUUGGGAGGGAGGUUUGUACAAACUGAGAAUGUUGUUUAAGGAUGACUAUCCAUCUUCACCACCCAAAUGCAAGUUUGAACCCCCGAUCUUCCACCCAAACGUCUAUCCUUCAGGUACAGUGUGUCUGUCCAUACUGGAAGAAGAGAAGGAUUGGAGACCAGCCAUCACCAUCAAACAAAUUUUGUUGGGCAUCCAGGAACUUCUUAAUGAGCCCAAUAUUCAGGACCCAGCACAGGCAGAGGCAUAUACGACAUACUGUCAAAACAGGAUGGACUACGAAAAGCGUGUGAGGGCACAAGCUAAGAGAUUCGCUCCCACAUAGAGCAACAAGUGCACAAUCUGAAAGCCUGUGCCGAACAGAUCCAGUUCCCACAUAGCUGCCAUUCUGAUGCUCCAGAAUCCUUCGCCACUCAAUGAAAAUCCCAAAACUGCAGUUGAAAGUUGAAAUAGAGAUUUGGUCAAGUUGGCUUCAGAACCGAAUAAGGAUGGAUGUAAAACAACUCAUUAAGAUGAAAGCAACCAAGAUGGAAGUUAAAGUCGGCUGCUGAUCUGUGACCAGUUACCAAGUGAUGGUUAAAAAAAUAAUAAUAAUAAAUAAGUGUUUUGGUGAGGAAACUGUUUGCAGAUCAGUUGUUCAAAAUCAACUUUUAUACAGAGCAAAGAUGGUAAAAGUGGAGGGUUUCUGUAUAUAUAAUAUAAAUAUUGAAAACGAUUUACUUGACUUUAUAAUUGACUUUUAUUUACUUUUUUAUCGUUUCAUUACAUUAAUUAAAAUGUGUGGCCAUAAUAAAUGUAUGAGUAUGUAUUAUUUAAAAUAAAAAGAAGUGGUUGCUACA